AUGGAAAACCAGACUUCAGAUAUCCUGCUCUUAGAAGGUUUACAGGUCAGCCCAGAUGCCUCCAUUCCCACCUUUAUCCUCCUCCUCCUCAUUUACAUCUUCAUCAUGUUUUCCAACAUUGUCCUGGUGAUCCUGAUCACGCUGGAUAGUAGCCUCCACCAGCCCAUGUAUCUGCUCUUCUGUAACAUGAGCAUUAAUGAUGUAUUUGGAGCCACAACAAUCUUUCCACGUAUGCUGAGGGAUAUUUUUAUUGCCAGCUCAGAUCGGUACAUCCACUAUGUAGACUGUGUCAUUCAGGCCUUUUGUGUUCACAUUUAUGCAGGUUCUUCUCACACUAUACUCAUGAUCAUGGCUUUUGAUCGCUAUGUGGCAAUCUGCAACCCGCUGCAGUACGCCACCAUCAUGACCAACUGGAUGGUGGUGAAGCUGUCGGUCUUGGCCUGGGCAGUAAUCUUCGUUAUGGUGACAAUCCUCGUGGGCCUCAGCGUUCGCCUGUCACGCUGCAGGUGGAUCAUAUUUAACCCUUUCUGUGACAAUGCCUCUUUGUUUAAGCUCUCCUGUGAAAGCAUCCUCAUCAAUAACAUUUACGGUCUCGGCUACACUGUCCUCCUAUUUGGCUCCUCCCUUGGCAGUAUCAUUAUCAAACCCUACCUGGGAAAUGAUUCAUAUUCUCAAUAA